GGAAAUCAGCCGCGUUUGGGGAGUUGCCGGUGGACUGGUAGCAGGUUGGGUGUUGUGCGCUUUCCUCCAGGGAUAGCGAGGCUGGAACAAACCCGCAAGAUGGUCUUUUUCUCACAGUUAUUUUCCGAUGACAUACCCUUGCCUCGUGGAAAUGCAGCUGUUUGGUCCUCCAUGAUUGUUAUGGUUGCAUCAUUUUCCUUUAUGCUUUCUUUGAGAAAAGUAUAUACGAUUGUGCAGCAGCUCUUGUUUCAUCUUUUCAUAUUGUUUCUAUCAAGAACCAUCCAAAAGCUUUGUGAGUUCCUGGAAGAGUACAGGCACAUCCCUUCAAGAUAUAAAAACUGCUGGAAGGCUUUCGCUGCAUCAAUUAAUUUUAAGGAAUGUGGCUGUGGAACAGUAAUUUUUAUACUGCUCUGCUACGAAGCUCACGAGAACAUAAAUGAUCCUGUAGAUAAUUUCAGUUCUUUGGGAUGGAAAUUAAGCUCUUCCUGUUUCUGCUAUUCAUUGCUCAAGGCUGUGGGAUUUUUUGAUCCCACACCUGCGCAAAUAUCAGCAAUUUGUGAGAAGAAUAAGUUUAAUGUCGCUCAUGGAUUGGCUUGGUCUUAUUACCUUGGUUACUUGAAGUUAAUUUUACCUUCCCUGGAAGAAAGAAUACAGGAUUAUCGCCGUUUAGCGAAAACUUCACCCGAAUUAAAAGGAACCUGGAAGUUGUAUAUCCUCAUUCCAUUCAGCUGUAAAGUUUAUGACAAAUUCGAAAAGAUGGACAAUAGGAUACAUUUUUUUGACAAUCUACCUGAGCUCCGCAUUGACAGAGCAGGGAUAAGAGGAAGAAGUUACAAGAACAGCAUUUAUUCAAUUUAUGAUGAACACAAAAAGCGUCAUCACUGCAUCCUUGAAUACGCCACACCUCUGCGGUCCCUGUUUGAAAUGUCCAAUGAUGCCACUGCAGCCUUCAGCAAGGAGCAGCGAGUGGAGCAGGCCAAGCUUUUCUACGUCACCUUGGACCUUAUUCUCAACAACUCUCAAGAUUGUGCAGGCUUCUUCAAAUUAAUUCCAUAUGAUGAUGAUUCACAGGACAGAAAUAUGGACUCUCAUUUUUUAUCAACACUGAUCCUCAACGAUAUGGUGCAGGAGAAAACUGAAUACACAGUACCGGAGGAAAAUACUUGGGACGAAACAUUAAAUGACUCAGUGGUUAGUGACCAAACAUUAUUGAUCAGCGACGCUAAUGAUCCACAACCUUUACAAAGCAAAAACUACUAAAUAUUAAAAAUGUUGCAUGUUUUUUGGAAUUAUCUUUGGUGCAUCAGCUUAACACAGAAUUCAGUGGAAGCAAAUUCUCAGAUGCUUUUAAUAAGAAGUAAAAAUAACAUAUUUUCUUGCCUGUUAAU